AUGGAGGGAUGUUCGUCCGAGGGCGUUUUGGAGUGUACUUCUCCUCUAACACUUUUCUUGGUUGGAAGGACAGGAAACGGGAAAAGUGCAACCGGAAAUAGCAUUCUAGGGACAAAUGGUUUUGAAUCAAGGCGUAGUUCUUCAAGUGUAACAAGUGUUUCUGAGCUGAGGAAAGCUGUACUUGCAGAUGGCCGAGUGAUUGAUACUCCUGGACUGUUUGAUUCUUCUGUUGAUUCUGAAAUUAUUUCCAAGGAGUUUGUCGGUUGCAUUGAUAGUGGCAUGGAUGGUAUUCAUGCUGUUCUGGUUGUGUUUUCAGUUUGUUGUCGGUUUUCAGAAGAAGAAAAAGCUGUAAAAAGUAGCUUGCUGGCUUUGUUUGGAAGGGAGGUGUACAAUUACAUCAUCAUCGUUUUCACUGGUGGUGAUGAACUGGAGAAUGAUGGCAAAAAUUUGGACGAUUUCUUAUGUGACUCUCCAGAAGCAUUGAAGGAACUCCUUUCUUUAUAUGAAGGUCGGUGUGUUCUGUUUGAUAACAGGACAAAGAAUCCAACCAAGAGAGCUAAUCAAGUACAACAGCUUCUUUCUCUUGUAAAAAUUGUGUUAGAAAAGAAUGGUGGUCAGCCCUUUCGUAAUGAAAUGUUUUCUGAAGUUAAGAUAUAUGAACAAGAUUUGGAAAAUGGUGAGUUUUUUUUCGUCGUACAGCUGUUAUCAAAAGUUGAACAUCUAUUGGAAGAAGAGCGGGCUCUUCGGGUUAAGGCCCAAGAGAUUGCAAAAGCUGAACAAAAGAAGUCAGAGGAGGAGAUAGAAAAGAUGAGAGAAGUGCUAGAGAGACUUGAGUUUACUGAGGUACAAGAGAAACAAAUGGAGGAGAAGGAGCCGAAACAAGAAAAGAAAGAGGAGAGGAAACCAAAGAUGAAAAAGAAACCAAAGAUGAAAAGGUUGAGUGAACUGCUUGAGACACUGGAGCCUACUGAAGUGCAAAAGAUAGAAAGCGAGCAGCAGGAGCUGAAACCAAUAAUGGAAAAGUUGAGUGAAGUGCUAAAGCGAUUGGAGCUUACAGAUGUGCAAGAGAAACAAAUAGAGCAGCAGGAGUCGAAACAAGGAAAGAAAGAGGAGACGAAACCAAAGACGGAAAAAGAAACAAAAGAUGAAAAAGUUGAGUGA